UUCGGCGGGUACGCCGCGGGCGCCAGCGCGUCCAACGACGCCUACGUCUUCGACCCCGAGACGCGGGUCUGGUCGCAGCUGCAGGCCGUGGGCCCGCCGCCGCCGCCGCGCCAGGCGCACGCGGCCGCGCGACACGGGAACGCGGUGGUGGUCGCGGGCGGCUGCGAUACCUCCUCGGUCCAGCAGGCAUGCUUCAAUGACGUCUGGGCCCUCAGCCUGGACGACGGGCGUUGGGAGCGCCGGUCUGCCGGCUUCGCUGGCUGGCUGCCGCGCGAGGGCCACACCUCGGCGUUCGUGAGGGGGAGGAUGUUCCUCUUCGGCGGGUGCCAGAUGGCGGGCGACUGCUACGACGACCUCGUGGCCUUGGAGACGGCCGACCCGUGCCCCUCCGAGUGCGGCGGGCACGGCGCGUGCGUGGAUCAGCAGUUCUGCCAGUGCUCCGCCGCCGGCUUCACGGGCCACGACUGCCUGCAGCCCCUGGCCUGCAGGCAGGACUGCGGCCCCCAUGGGGCGUGCACGCAGGACGGGCGGUGCCUCUGCGAUGCUGACUGGGCGGGGCCUGCGUGCUCCCAGCAGCAGCAGCAGCAGCAGCAGGAGCCCGCCGCCGAUCAGCCCGCCGGCCUGCCGGGCGCCGCCCCGCCCGGCGAGUGCCGGCGCGGGUGUUGCGGGCGCGGCGAGUGCACGCCGGCGGGCUGCCGCUGCGCGCCGGGCUGGU